GAAGGUUGCGGGGAGAGAGCUACUUUCCUCCCACUGCGCUGUCCUUGGAUUUACCCCCAUUUUGGACUGGAGCGCCUCCCCCCUUCCCUUUUUCCCUUCCUGGUUUUGAUUUUAAUUUUUUGGGGGGAUACUGGACGCCAUGUUGUGGAAACUAGCCGACAAUGUCAAGUACGAAGAGGACUGUGAGGACCGGCACGAUGGCAGCAGCAACGGGAACCCUCGAUUGCCCCACCUCUCCGCCGUGAGCCAGCACUUGUACAGCCCGGCCCCACCCCUUUCCCACUCCGGGGCCUCUGAUUUCCAGCCCCCUUACUUCCCACCCCCUUACCAGCCUCUGCCUUACUCCCAGUCCAAUGAUCCUUACUCGCACCUUGGGGAUCCUUUUUCCAUCAACUCGCUCCACCAGCCGCCUCCGCCUCCCAGCCAGCAACAGACCAGCUGGUCCAGCCGUCAGACCAGCCAAGACCCUUCCGGUUUGUCCCACCAUGCCCGGUCUGGCUUGGUCCCCCAUCUCCCGGUUCUGGAGAGCGGCUCUGCUGGGGUGAGAAGGGAAACCUACAGGCGAUCUGAGCUGCUCCUGCCCCACGGCCAUGGUCUUGAUGCCUCCAGCCUAGCGGAAAACCUCGGACUUCAUGACAUGGCCCAUCAGAUGGAAGAGGUGCAGAAUGUGGAAGAUCAGCAUUUAUUAAUGCAUGACCAGACAGUCAUUAGAAAAGGUCCCAUUUCAUUAACGAAAAACAAUGCAUUAGGUCUCCCUUGCCAGAAGGAUGGACUCAUUGGGGUAGUGAUCAAUCCCAAUGAAGUAUUCUGCUCUGUUCCCGGGCGACUCUCUCUCCUCAGUUCGACGUCUAAAUACAAAGUGACAGUAGCAGAGGUUCAAAGAAGACUCUCUCCUCCGGAAUGUCUCAACGCUUCUUUGCUGGGAGGGGUUCUCAGAAGGGCCAAAUCUAAAAACGGUGGUCGGUCGCUAAGGGAGAAGCUGGACAAAAUUGGCUUGAACCUUCCGGCUGGCAGAAGGAAAGCUGCAAAUGUGACACUACUGACAUCAUUGGUGGAAGGCGAAGCUGUACAUCUUGCCCGGGAUUUUGGCUACGUCUGUGAAACUGAAUUUCCUUCUAAAGCUGUGGCUGAAUACUUAACUCGGCCCCAUCUGGGUCGUAAUGAGAUGGCCACCAGGAAGAACAUGCUGCUGGCUGCAAAACAGAUCUGUAAAGAAUUCACGGAGCUUCUCACCCAGGAUCGAACCCCUCUUGGGAACACGAGGCCCAGCCCGAUUUUAGACCCUGGCAUCCAGGGCUGCUUGACUCACUUCAGCCUGAUCACGCACGGCUUUGGGAGCGCUGCAAUCUGUGCGGCCAUGACCUCCGUCCAGAACUACCUGAACGAAGCGCUCAAAAUAGCGGACAAAAGCUAUAUGAAUGCAGGGGAACAGAGCCCCGCCGAAACCAAUAAAGGCAUCGAGAAGAUGGACAAGCACCGGAAGUGAGAGAGAGA